GCACUUCGCAUCCCACUCGUCCACAUCGUCCCCCCUCUUGCCCAACACCACAAACACCUCCUUUGCACGCUGCCAAACCCAUAGCUAUCGCCAGCUCGACACUCUUCGCCUGCAAGCCGCUUUGACAACCGCUUCGUCUAUCCGUGAUCGCUUCUGACAUCCUCGUGUCUGCGUCACGCAAACCACACGCAUAUCCCCUCCCACAUCGCGCUUAUCCUCUCGCCCCCAUCCCACUCAUCGACAUAACUCUCGCAUCGAAUAUUGCCUCCCAAAGCAUUCAUAUAUUCUAGCAAAUGUCUCAACAAGCACGCCCCUCCUCAUCUUCAUCUCCCAAUGACAACUGGCGUGCUGGCCUGCGCCCACCACCACGCGACGAUCGCCCACAGACUGAAGAUGUCAUGGCGACGAAGGGCCUCGAAUUUGAGGACAUGUUCCUCCGACGCGAACUCCUGAUGGGCAUCUUCGAAGCCGGAUUCGAAAAGCCCUCACCCAUCCAAGAAGAAGCGAUACCCAUGGCACUCACCAAACGCGAUAUCCUUGCGCGUGCGAAGAACGGGACUGGCAAGACCGCCGCGUUCGUCAUCCCUUCCCUCCAACAGAUCGACAUCAACAAGAAUAAGAUCCAAGCCCUUCUCCUAGUCCCUACUCGGGAGCUCGCGCUCCAAACCAGUCAGGUAUGCAAGAUCCUUGGAAAGCAUAUGGGCAUCCAGGUCAUGGUAACCACCGGUGGAACAACAUUGAAAGACGAUAUCUUGCGGUUGUCGGAGACGGUGCAUGUUCUAGUUGGCACACCUGGCCGUAUCCUCGAUUUAACUGGGAAGAACGUCGCGGACUUGAGUGAAUGUCCGGUGUUCGUCAUGGACGAAGCGGACAAGCUGUUGUCCCCCGAGUUCUCCCCUGUGAUGGAGCAGCUACUCGCUUACCUCCCCAAAGACCGCCAGGUCAUGCUCUUCUCCGCAACAUUCCCCCUGAUCGUCAAAGACUUCAAGGACAAACAUAUGAACUCUCCGCACGAGAUCAACCUCAUGGACGAACUGACACUACGUGGUGUCACUCAAUAUUACGCUUUUGUCGAAGAGCGACAAAAAGUGCACUGUCUCAACACCCUUUUCUCUAAGCUGCAAAUUAACCAGUCCAUAAUUUUCUGCAACUCUACAAACCGCGUCGAGCUCCUCGCCAAAAAGGUGACAGAGCUCGGCUACUCAUGUUUCUAUUCGCAUGCGAAGAUGCUUCAAUCCCACCGUAACCGCGUCUUCCACGAUUUCCGCAAUGGCGUAUGCCGCAACCUCGUCUGCUCAGACUUGCUCACGCGUGGUAUCGAUAUCCAAGCUGUGAACGUCGUCAUAAACUUUGAUUUCCCCAAGAACUCUGAGACAUACCUCCACCGUAUUGGUCGGUCCGGGCGGUUCGGCCACUUAGGUCUGGCCAUCAACCUCGUCACGUACGAAGAUCGAUUCAACUUGUACAAGAUCGAGCAGGAGCUCGGUACAGAGAUCCAGCCCAUCCCGCACCAGAUCGACAAGGGACUCUAUGUCGCACCCAGCGCAGUUGAGGAGCCUACUGGGCAAAAGCCAUCGAGGUCGACCCAGUCGGAGCAGCAGUCGCAGUCGCAAUUACAGCAACCACAGUCGCAAUUACAGCCCCCAAGGUCGCAGGCGACGAAUGGAACCGCACAGCCGGCGGGAGGUGCGAGGCCGUAUCCGACUGGCGCUCCCGCUGGAGCAUAUCGUGGGCAAGUUCCCGUUGCCCAGAGAUGAGGGGCAAUAUGAAGCAGGGGUUGGGCGCAGGGGCGAACGCAAGCUUCACCCCGCCUAUCGCCAUCUGGCCACUCGAUACCGUCACUGCGAACAAGGGGUACUUUUGUGUUAUAUAUAUAUUCCUCCUUUCCACCCACGCGCAUUCCUCGGCCCUCUCCCUUAUUCUGCACCUUUCUACAUUCACGAGAGAGAGAGCUGAUCUUGCUCCCUCCUCGAUACUUUCUACUCGCGCAUAUUCUUCGCCGUUCCUUCUCUCUUCUCUGGUUGCUCUGGCGACAUCACGAUCCGUUUUAUCUGCCUCGUCUGCCUCAUCCUCCUCUCCAAUCCUGCUCAGUCACGUCGCCCUUUGUCCCCUUAGCGUGAUCGGUUUUUGUCUUAUCGGUUGAUCGACACCUUACCUUUGUUCGUGCUCUUCGUUCGUUGUGAUGGUAUGUAGUGCUCAUGGUGGUGAUGAGCGGAAUGGGGUCUUGGUAGCGGUUGGCGGUUGGUGGGUGGUUGGCGGUUGGCGGUUGGUGGUUGGUGGUUGGUGGUUGGCGGUUGGCGGAUGGUGGUAGUGGUGAGGGUAGCGUUGUUUGCUCGUCGGUCUUACGAGCACGUUGUAGCUGUUAGCAUUGCCGUCCCCCGCGUUCUGCAUGGUAAAUGCAAUCCCGGUUGAUGUUUUCAGUCAU